GAAUGUGCAGCGGCGAGUUGUGUGGAGGAUGCUAUGGCUUGUAACGAAGCAAUCAGAGCAGCUAAACUCGCGAAAAUUCGAGCCGCUGUUCAAUCUUACCCAGAUUUCCCUAAGCCGGGAGUUCUCUUCAGGGACAUUUUUCCUAUCUUUCAAAACCCUUAUGUGUACGAAGACCUGAUAUCAGUUAUGGAAGAUCACAUUAAAGAGCAACACCUGCAGGUGGAUGUACUGGUUGGGUUAGAAUCCAGGGGGUUUCUGUUUGCCCCUCUCUUGGCGUAUAACCUGGGCAAGAGCUUCGUUCCAGUUCGCAAGAAAGGCAAACUACCUGGAGAAGUUGUAUCCAUAAAGUAUGGCUUGGAAUAUGGAGAGGACACCUUCGAGGUUCAGAAACAUGCAAUUAAACCUGGACAAAAAGUGAUUAUUGUUGAUGACCUCCUGGCCACUGGAGGUACAAUGAAAGCUGCAUGUGAACUAAUUGAAAACUUGAAGGCAGAAGUGUUGGAGUGUAUUACAGUCAUUGAAUUACUGGAUUUGAAAGGCAGAGAACGACUUAACAGACCUUGCACAACAAUUUUGCAGUUUUAAUCGGAAAAAAACUUCCAGCAGUUCUAUUGAAGUUGCAAAAUGUUGCCGAAGAAUACGUUAUGAGGAAAUGCAAUUGUUUGUUACAUUUUUUAGGACAUCAUGAAGUUAUCAACAAGGAGUAUAAUCCCCAAAGAAUUAUUGAGAACCUAAAUGUUGACAGUUAACAGAAUAAUCCAAAAUCUUGAUCUGGAUGGAGUAUGAUUGUAACCGUGGUUACUGAUGGGGCUCAGUGGAACCAUACAGGAAUCUUUGUUGCAUGGAGAAAAAUAUCUGACUUGCUCAUGGAAUUACCAAACAAACAAAAAAUCAAUAUGAACAGUUUGGUAAACAAUUUGGGGUGCCUGGACCAUACCAUUGGUCUGUGGGGGUGGGGGAGGUAUGCGUAUUAUCUGUUGAAAAUGCCGGAUACAUGUGCAUAUUUACCUCCAUAAUAGACUUUCCUCGCUCCAGCAGCGUGCAUUUGUCAUUGGUGGAAUGUUCUGUAUGGUAUGUUUGCUCAUAGACGUGGCCAGAAGUUAUGAAAGACUAGAGGGGAAGCUGGCAGUUACGAGGCCGGUACCACGGGGGUCCAGCUGGCCCUGUAUUUAAACUCUUUUGUCUGUAACAACCUGAAACUAGUUUGACCCUUUUCUGUCAACAUAGGCUACAAUAAAUGUAACCUGUAGCAACAUGUACAUGUGUCUGUUGACAUUUCAUAAUUUUAUAAAAUUUUCAUGAGUAAAAUCAUGAGUGAGUAAUGAAAGAACAAUUCUGCAUUAAUAGCUUUACACAAAUGUCAUUUCAUGAUUUUAUAAAAUUUUCAUGAGUAAAAUCAUGAGUGAGUAAUAAAAGAACAAUUCUGCAUUAAUAGCUUUACACAAAUGUCUAGCCACCAAAACUUUAUACAGAUGUUUAGAGAGUAUAUUUAGCAGAAUUAUGUAAUCCUCGCAUCUCUCUUUAUGCAGGCAUCUCACUUUAGUGUGGUUAAGAGGUCAGUAUUCGAACCUCAACAUUAUGCAGUUUUACAAACUGCUCAAUCAGGUGAACUACUGGCAUUAUUUAUACAUGUACAACAUUGAGGUAAAAUGCUUAGGAACUUGAUAACUUUUAUUUUGUGAUUCUGAUUCCGGUUAUCAACUUAUUGAUUUCUGUAAUUGUACAGGGGUACAGUUAGAAAGCAAGAGAGAAAAGACACUCCUCGAAAAACCAUAAUCUUCAAAUGCCAAAAGUACGUACACUGCAUCUGUUCAGUGCUACUGUGAAUGUUCAGACAUUGGCUAUAACUCUGCCUUAUCAAAUUGGCCAAUAAAAUUUAUCACUAAGAAUUCAGGCAUUCUGUUCUUUCUGAGAUUCAAAAAAGGGAGUAAGUUUUUAAUGUAGAGAAAUCUUUUUUUCAAGGUAGUAAUUAUAAGACUUAUUUAUUUGAUUGGCCUUUUUGCCGUACUCAAGAGUAGUUCACUUUUACGACUGCAACCAGUAUUAUGUUGGAAGAACAGGGCAGCCAUUAUCAGAUGAAUCAUUCUUUCACAUGCUGACAAUGUUUGUGA